GUGUCGUCAAGGCAAUUUGACAGCUGAUUGCAAUUUCAAAUUUCAACAUAUACAAUGGCCACAACCAACGAUGAUAAGAUUUUUCGUAUAAAUCAUUGCUUGUGCCAAUUUUCAAAUAACGGAGCAUACUUGGCGAUUGCGUUUCAGACGAAUCUUAUUGUAAAAGAUGCGAAGACUCUCGAUACUUGCCGAUCGUUCGUGUUCGCCGAUGUGAUACAGCACAUAGAAUGGUCAUCGAACAGCGAGUACAUCUUGUGCGCGAAUAUAACGAAGGUUGUAGUCCAGGUAUAUUCGAUACACUGUCCACAGUGGAAGUGCAAACUUACAGAAGGCAGUGUCGGCUUGCAGAGCGUUACUUGGUCCCCGGAUAGCAAAUGCAUUCUUACAGUUGCAGAUUUUAAUAUUCAAAUAUCCAUUUGGAACUUGGAGGAUCAGACUGUGUCAUAUAUACAAAAUGUAAAAACUUCUGCUUUUGACAAGCUACACUUCAGUCCGAGUGGAAAGAGACUUGCAGUAAUAAUUACAGAUGAGGCUCAAGAUACGGUGGAAAUUUUCAAAACUAAUAAUUGGAAGAUAAGCCGAAAACUCAUUUGCGAUCGUUUACGCAGCAUCGACGGCAUUCGAUGGUCGCCGAACGACGAAUUGUUGUGCAUAUGGUGUUCCUCCACCGCCGAGCCCAAGUUAAUCGUUUAUUCAACCGUGUGGGAAAAACCCGUGACUACAUUCUCUCCGGUGGAAACCGCACGGUUUUCCGAAUACAAUUGCGAGAAAGAAUUGAAGGGAAUCGAAAGCGUCGAAUGGAACUCCAGCGGCCAAUUGUUGGCGGUGAUCGGAUUCAACGAAGUGGUGCUUCUUCUUAAUUACGUCACGUGGAAACCGCUGUCGCAAUUGUAUUUGGAUCCGGUGAUCAGAGAAGGCAAUUACUUGACAAAAGUUUACGAGGAACGCGGCGAUUCGGAAAGAACUUUACACGCGCGCUUUGCGUCCUGCGAGGAACGCGUUUUGCACGAAGUACACGAGCGGCCUAUAUGCAUAGAAAUUGGCGAGAAGAAUGUUUACGACAAUUUUUCGAUAGCCAAGUUUAAGGUAUUCGAAUUUAGCGCGUGUGGACAGUAUCUGGCUCUGACACACGAGCUUUAUCCCACCACACUGUGGAUUUGGGACAUUUGUACGGAUUAUCUCGAUUAUAUGCUGCUGGAAAAUCCGAUUUCAGCUGUCAGAUGGAGUCCUGUUCAUCCGCAAUUGCUCGUAUUUUCUGAAUGCACGCGCGUAUACGAGUGGACUCGAAAAGGCGCGAGUUCCGUGGCGAUGUCGAAAACUAUGUCGGUUGUGGACGGGCGUUGGCAUCCCGAAGGAGAACGAGUAGCGUUGUGCGGUUACAACAAAGCGAUGAUCUGCAAAGUUCCGACUAGAUUUUAGAUCGGCAAUAUUUAUUGUACUUUAAAUUUGUAAUUAAAUUUUGUCCUCUGAUUGGUUAACAAACGUUGGUUUUGAUUUUGUUUUAUAGUGGCUAGAAAGUCCUCGAUACUCAUACGCCAUAAGAUCUAA